AUGAUGAGAACUGUCUUGGAAGAAACUGACAAGGCAACAUUUCAAGAUCGUUUGAGCACACUUGUUACUGGACUUGCAUCCUCGCAGGAAACACGUAGCUUUUACGAAUAUUUCAAUAGUUACUGGGCAAGCAAAACAAGCAAAUGGGGAUACUGCUACAGGCUACGAGAGGGUAUAAAUACCAACAUGUUCGUUGAAGCGUUUCAUAGGGUAUUCAAAUACAAAUACCUACGCGGCAAAUCCAAUCGUCGACUAGACAACUGCCUGUUUCACCUUCUCAAGUAUAGCCGAGACAAAUGCUUUGAACGUAUUAUAAAGCUCGCCAAAGGAAAGUCAAGCAAACGCAUUAACAUGAUUCAUGGCAGACAGAGCCUCGAACUGUCCUUCAAUAGAAUAUCAUCGACAGAGUCAAGCACAGUUUGGAAAAUACAAUCUUCUGAAGGUGCCGAGAAGUACAGCGUAGAAAAGAUAGACGAAGAGUGCGAUGUUCAGGAAUGCAUGCUACGGUGCCACGAAUGUAAAAUUUGCUGCCACAUGUUCGUGUGUAACUGUCCUGAUUCCCUGAUAACGUGUCAUCUCUGCAAGAAAAUAUAUCUUCUCCAUAGGUACCUACAAGAAAAAAGUAGCAAUGAUAUGGUAUCAAGCAACUGUGAAUUUGAGAAUGGCCAAAAUGAAUCAUAUGCCUCUACAGAACUUCAAAAUGCUGUAAAGAUGAUUGCAAGAAGUAGCCAAGAAGCAGAUUUUGAAAGAGUGAAGACUAAUACAAAUGGAAAACUGAAGCUAAUGCAGCAAGCACUGGACAGAAGCACACGAGAGGAUGUAGAAGCAAUUAAACAAUUAAGUGCCCACCUUACAGCUGCUCUCAGCACGUUCCAGUCACUCGUCAAAAGAAAGGCAACAAAAAUUUCACUAAAGGGCAAAGAGCCGCCAAAUAAAAAAAUUGCAGUUCAAAGAUUUUUCUCCACUAGAAAGAAGAAGAAAAUGACCAAAAGAAUACGGUUUGCAAAACAAGAUAGGAAAGUCAUGGAGAAAAUAAAUGCAACAUUCACAGAAGAGAUGAUCAGCAUCAAAGGUCAACAGAGAGGUGGCCCUAACAUACCUGCGAGAAAUAUUUUAUGA